AUGGUGGCGGCUUGUAGUGGUGACUUUGGAACUAAUAAAAAUAACAGGUCUAAUAAUCAUAACGGGUCUAAACUACUCCGAGAAAAGCCGCGCGGCGGUAAACGCAACGAGCGCAGGACCUUGCGCGAUCCUCCGCAGCGGCGCGACACUUCGUGGGCCAUAAAGUUCGGGAUCGUUCGUGAUCCUUCGCGGCCUCACAGCACUCGGUGGGUCACUCACAAGGAGCGCGAGAGCUCGUUCGCGUAUCGUAGGAGGGGAAAGGCGUUUUCUUCUCUCCGCUGCGAAACGGUAAUCCAGAACAAGAACGUGAACAUCAUCGUGAACGUGGACCCGCAGGAAGUGGCGAAGGAAUUGUGGAAGGUGAUUGAGGCUCGUCUCAACAGUACCGGUCACCCCACCCACGCGUGGAACGCGAUUAAGGAUCUGGAGAAGGUGGUGGCUCCAUUGGUGAUGCCCGGCAGAAGGAGCUUGACGCAGCCGUCCGCUUAUCACUUAGCAACCGAGUUCGACCAGAUCGCCCGGCGAGCGCUCACCCGCGACACUCCGGGUCUCAACUUGAUGGACCAGGAAAUCAUGAUCAGGGACAUCGUCGCGGAGAUGAUGGUCUCGCUCAAGAUGAUCCAGUCGAAGAUCGAAGAAGCGUCCUUUAACCACUUCGGCCUUCGAACCGAGGCUACGCCCAACAGAAGGAUGUACGAGCCUAUCACGACAGUGAGCGACGACGAGCACAACGACUACGUGAACGUCAAGAUCAAGAUGCGCAAACAGGACAUCCUCGACGUGUUUCACUAGCUCCGGCCGAUCGUGUGCGCCAGAUUUUGUUGAAUAAAUAAAUUCAAUAAGUCAAUUGUCAAAUUAAAGUUAAUUAAAUAAAUUCAACAGUUGAGAGUUUAAUUGAUGAAUUAAUUUUGCUAAAUAAGUCGCAAUCUUUUAUUUGGACGGGAAGAAUUUUGUAAUAGAGAUUAUAUUAGGAUACCUCCGGUAUAUACGUCUCACUUAAGGAAAACUUAAUUUAUCAAAUGUUAUUUAUUAUGUUUAAGGCAAAUGAACUAUUCAAAUAAAACUGUAUAUUGUAUAUUCUACUGUAUAUUCUACUGCUAUAAACA